AUUGGAUUAGCUUUUUAUUUGAUGAUUUCUGAUUUCUGAUUUCUGAUUUCUGAUUUCUUACUUUUAUUUUCAUCCAAGGCUGAUGCUCUCAGAGAGAAGUUUGAGGCCAAGACAAGUGGAGGAUAUUGAACUCAUUGAUAGAAUGAUAGCUGAUGGUGAAGCAAGCCACAACAAGUGGCAGCACCCCGAUCCCUACAUCGUUCCAUGGGCGCCUGGUGGCUCCAAGUUUUGCCGAAACCCAACACCACCUCCUCGGCUAAUUUAUCAAAGACUUGCUGCUUCUUGUGCUUUCUAUAGCUGGUUGUAGAUCUGAUUUUCCUUUCUUCCCUUUUUAUUGCAUGUUUCGGCUCAGUAUUUCCGAUAAAUAAGUCUUAUCAUUUUGCUACUAUGAAGUCAUAUUAUAGGGGUGGAUGGGUUUGACUGUUCAGCUUAGUCAGCUAAUAUGUGAUUGGUAUGAGAGGAGAGAGAGGUGGCAGGGUGGGAUUUAUUUCCCUACGUCAAGUUAAUUGAUUCAUAUUUCUUUUCUGGACGGCCCAAGCAAAUGAGUAAUUUCCUCUUUUGGCAAAAAUCAGCCGGUUUAAUCUCUUUUUCUUUAUUUCCUCUUCACUCGUCUAUUUUAUUCUCUCUUCUUUUAACUCACUGAGUACCACUUUCUUAAAUUUCAUGCCUAAAAGAAACGUCUCGAUUAAAUUAAGACGGAUGGAGUAUAUAUUUCUAGAAGUAGGAAGUCGUAUAUUGAACACGUGAAACUUUUCAUUUGCUUGGUCUGAAGCAGUAUAGUUUGUAAUUGUUUUCUGUCCUCUUCUAAAUGUAUUUAAAGAACUGUCAUUUUGUGCUCACAAUGCCACAUUGCUUUAUGUCAUCUCGUUAAGUACUCCUAUAUUAUCCAAUCGCUCCCACGCCUUAAUCUUUCUUGCUGCUGCAGAUUGAGAUAAUACAUAACUAAUCUUUCUUGCUGCUGCAGAUUGAGAUAAUACAUAACUAAUCUUUCUUGCUGCUGCAGAUUGAGAUAAUA